AUGGCGGCGCCGGGCGGGUGGCGCGCGGCGCGCGCGCGGCGGCGGCGGCGGGGCCGGGACCGGGGAAAGGAGGAGGAGGAGGAGGAGGAGGAGGAGGAAGCCGGCACCGGCACCGAAGUGGUGCUGCGGCGGCUGCGGGAGGCGCGGGACGAUCUGCUGAGCUCCGGCUUCUGGGCGGCGAGCGCCGGAGCCGUGCGGGCCCCGCUGAGCGGCCCCGCCGAGCCGCCCGCCCGCUGCGUCUGCUACGGGCUGGGCCGGUUCGCCGCCUGCCCCGCCGCCCGGUACCAGCUCGCCUUCCUGCUGCUGCUGCUGGAGGAGCUGCGGGUGCCGCCCGCCCGGUGCGCCCUGUUCGACCCGGCCUUCUCUGCGCGGGAGGCGGCGGCGCUGGGAGCGCUGGGACUGCGGCUGCUCCAGGAGAAUGAGGAGGGGAAACACGGCGUGGGGGACUCGGCCACACUGUUCUACAUGGUGCACUGCGGGAAGGCCUUGUACAACAACCUGCUGUGGAGCAACUGGAGCCCAGCGGCACUCUCCAAACUGGUCAUCAUCGGGAACAGCUUCCGAGGGAUCGAGGAGAGGUUGCUGUCCAGAAUACUGGAGAGAGAUUAUUCUUACAUAGCAAAGGUCUUGAAAGGGAUGGAGGAAGUGGCGCUCCCGAGUCACCCCCGCUACCUGGACACCUUCAACGACACCUCCGUCCACUGGUUUCCCUUGGACAAACUGCAGGAACUCUCCCCCGAGGUCUGGAACUUUGUGGAAGAGCCGACGUACCAAGACUGCGAGGACCUGGAGAUCAUCAGGAAUCAGGACAGAGCUGCUGCCCAGUCCUGACUGCUCCCUCUGUCAGGAGGGCUCGGAUCCAUAUCUCUUCCCAUGGAAGCUUCUGCACAGCUGAGAUGAAGCUCAAGAGUGACACUGACAUCAGGCUCUGCCAAAAGUGGCAGCACCUGAACGCUGAGGUGAUGGGACAUUUUUGUAUCUUAUUUAAUAAAAUGUAAAGCUGAGCUUUGACUUGCA